GCGCACGGGGCCGUGCUGAGCCGCGCCGAGCCGCUUUUGAGCCUCGCCGUUCCGCGAGCCGCAGCGCGUUGUUUCCCUGCGAUCCGAGCCGAACGGAGCCGAGCGGCGGGGCCAUGGUGAACCUGCGGGUGUGCGCGCUGGAGUGCGAGGCGCUGCGGGGGCUGCUGCAGGAGCGUGCCGCGCAGUGCCUCGUCCUCGACUGCCGCUCCUUCUUCUCCUUCAACGCCGCGCACAUCCGCGGCUCCUGCAACGUGCGCCUCAGCACUAUCGUCCGCCGCCGCGCUAAAGGCGUGCUGGCCCUGGAGCACGUCGUCCCCAACGAGGAACUCCGCACCCGGCUGCGCCAGGGGCAAGUCCACACCGUGGUGCUGCUGGACGAACGCAGCGCCGACCUGGAGCUGCCCAAGCGCGACAGCACGCUGCUGCUGGCCCUCGGCACGCUGUGCAGAGAGGCCCGGGGAGCCCGCAUCUGCUUCCUCAAGGGAGGUUACGAAGCGUUCUCGGCCGCCUGCUCCGAGCUGUGCACCAAACCCGCCGCCCCUACCGGUCUCAGCCUGCCCCUGAGCGCCAGCAGCGCGCCCGGCAGCGCCGACUCGGGGUGCAGCUCCUGCGGUACCCCCCUGUACGACCAGGGCGGGCCGGUGGAGAUCCUGCCGUUCCUGUACCUGGGCAGCGCGUACCACGCCUCCCGCAAGGACAUGCUGGACGCGCUGGGCAUCACGGCGCUGAUCAACGUGUCGGCCAACUGCCCCAACCACUUCGAGGGGCACUACCAGUACAAAAGCAUCCCGGUGGAGGACAACCACAAAGCGGAUAUCAGUUCCUGGUUUAACGAGGCGAUUGAUUUCAUAGAUUCUGUUAAAAAUGAUGGAGGAAGGGUAUUUGUGCACUGCCAGGCUGGCAUUUCCCGGUCGGCGACCAUCUGCCUCGCUUAUCUCAUGAGGACCAACAGAGUCAAGCUGGAUGAAGCCUUUGAGUUUGUGAAGCAGAGAAGGAGCAUCAUCUCCCCGAACUUCAGUUUCAUGGGGCAGCUGCUGCAGUUUGAGUCGCAGGUCCUUGCCCCCAACUGCUCAGCAGAAGCUGGGAGCCCUGCUAUGUCAGUAUUGGACAGAGGAGCAUCGACCACCACAGUCUUCAACUUCCCAGUCUCCAUCCCUGUUCACACCUCAUCCAGUGCUUUAAGCUACCUUCAGAGCCCCAUCACCACCUCCCCGAGCUGCUGAAAGGCAGGCAGAAGCAUGGCCAGAACUCAGAAUUCUUGUCUCAGAAGUGCAAUAACUAUGGGGACAGUAUCAUCAGCCACUUGUCCUGUGGGGAACCAUCCACGUGUCCUAGAAUGCUGUUGUACACAGAGGAGCUCACCAAUAUUCUGCGUGUUGCUGACUCCUGAAGACAAUAUUGGGGAUGCCUACGGAGAGAUCAGAGGAUGCUGCGUCUUCCUGAGCUCUUUCCCUUUUCUUCUGUUUGUCCUAAGCCUGCUGCAUGUUCAGUAGUGUGCUCACCAGUAUUCCCAUUCCUGGACACUUAAGCAACACUGAUGUUGUCCCCUUUCAUGGCAGUCCUAUUUAUUUAUUUUUGUUAGUGCAUUGUUUUGCCUUCAUGAACCUGAAGUUGCAUUUCUAGAGAAACCAAAUACCUCAGUAUUUUUUUGGUACUGUAAUCCUGUGUGUAUAUAUCUGUCAGCUUUUCUUGUUUCCAAGCACUGACAUGAAAGCACCGGAUGAGUGCUUCUUGAGUUGCCAAGGGUUGUAUGUUUGAUUUAUUUAUGAUGUGAAAUAAUAUAUUUCUUCUUAGGAAGACAUAGUUUUGUUACAUGAUUAUAACUUUUUAUACAAACAGAAUAAAUUAUGAUAUUUCUAGUGAAAGCUGGAUAUACUUUAGAAUCUUGGUGUGUUUUACUGUCCCUGAGCUUUCCUUUAGAAGCUUCCAGAGGAAAGAAGUCUGAAUUUCUGAUGGAGUUUGACCUUGGGCAAUGCAAUUAAGUUGGGUCUUAACUAGAUAGAAAAAUGAGUUUUAAAAUCCUCGAACUUGACUAGAAAGUUCUGCUGCUCCCUAACCUGAGCCCUUUGUCCUGCCAUAAUUACAUGCCAUGGCAGACAGCCAGGGCCAGAUCUCAGCUGUAGGGUGGCUUUGGCUGUGGUCAUGGCUGCAGAGCUGUAAGAGUUGGAACCAGCUGAGCAUGGGGGGUUUAAAAGUAAAAGAGUUCUCUCCCAGGAAGGAAGAAGCUUCCUUAUUGCUUGUUUGCUUUGAAUGCUUUGGAGGUUAAGUCUAAAAAUUAACCUGUUGCUAACUGAUCUCCAGCAUGUAUGAGGUUGUGCCAGAGUGUUUUCUUUUUCUGUCUUGUCUCUUAAUUCCUUUUUGCAACCCAAACUGCCUCUCUUCCCUACAGUGAGUUAUUUGGCUUACUGUACUAUCUGUAAAUAAACCAGAGCAUAACAACAGAUCAGGUAACUCACAGUCACCUAAUUUUGUACCCAGGCUGUAAUAAACUCUCUCACUGCAGCUUCCCACUGGGUUGACUUUCACCCAGUGCUUAAGUUAAGGCAAUGUGAGGAGUUGUAUCCAGCAUAACCAAAGCCAGGUGAGCACUGCUGGCAGCAGCUGUGGGGUCACAGCCAGUGGUGCAGGGCUGCUGCUGUUACUUGGGUGUGACAUUGCUGUGAGAGGGAGAGCAGUGCUGCUGUGA